AUGAUUGCCUCCUGCGCUCACCCCUGCUCCUCAUUUUUUGAAAAUUUUCUAAAAAAUUCUUUUUUUUUAAGUUUAUUGCCCUCUUACCGAACACCAAGUUUAAAUCGUAAUUAUUAUCAUUAUGCUCUAGUUUAUAUUCGUUUACCCCAUUUAAUUGAGAAAGCUUUGGAAGCCAAAAAAGAUUUGGUUGUUGUUUUGGAAAAUUUUUUGAAUGAUAAAAUUGCUGUGUUUUCAAAGGAUCAAAAUGUUGGUCUUAUGAAGGUGCUUAUUAAUGUUUCCCGUGAAAAUGCAUUGAAACGACUUGAAAAUAUUUUUGUUUCUCUACAAUUGAAUGAUGUUUGCCGUUUAGCUCAUAUGCCGUCUAAUUUUAACAAUGAUGGUUUAUUUUUUUUUUAA